GUCACAUCCUCUGAAUUUUGCUUCAGGAAUCUCAGGGAGGUGAAAGCCUUGGUGUGAGGGUUGCAGCCUCCAGUCAACAGGGGUUUUGGCCUCUACUAGAGUCAAGAGAGGUGAGGCCUGCUCUGAGAAGUGCUGUCUCCAGUGAGCAGAGGGAGGAGUCCCAGACUCUGCCAGGAGUCAAGGUUGUGGUCCUCUAUUAUCCAACCUCCUGCCCACAUUCCUCCGUGCUACCACUGACCAGAGUGAGCAUGUCUCAGGGUCAGAAGAUUCCACAUUGCACACAGGAACAACAUCACACCCACUGUGAGCCCCAGGGCCUGGAGGCUGCACAGGUCUCCAAGGCUUUGGAGGAGACCUCUCCCUCCUCCUCCCAUCCUCUAAUGCCUGGAAACCUGGAGGAGGCUUUGGCUGCUGGGGCACCCAGUACUUCCCAGAGUCCUCAGGGUGCCUCUUCAUCUGACACUGUCACCGGAGCCAUCUCAUCAAGUAAAUCAGAUGAGUGCUCCAGCAGGCAAGAAAAGGAGGCGAGUUCAGCUUCUUCAAAGCCUCUGUCUGACACUGAGAACUUGCCCGUAGAUCCUCUAGAUGAGAAGAUGAUUUUAUUGGUGCAGUUCCUGCUGCAAAAGUAUCAAAUGAGAGAGCCAGUCACAAAGGCAGAUAUGAUUGGUGAUGUUAUCAAAGAGUGUAAGAAUGAUUUCCUUGAGAUCCUUAGGAGAACCUCUGAGCACAUGGAGCUGGUCUUUGGUGUUGAUAUAAAGGAAGUGGAUCCUAGCAGCCACAGCUAUGCCCUCGUCAACGUACUAGACCUCACCUAUGAUGCGAGGCCCAGUGGUUACGAGGGCAUGCCUAGGACCAGCAUCCUGGUAACGAUCCUGGGCGUGAUUUUCAUGAAGGGCAAUCGCGCCACUGAGGAGGAAAUCUGGGAAGUGCUGAAUAUGAUGGGCUUAUAUUCUGGGAGGAAGCAUUUCAUUUUUGGGGAGCCCAGGAAGUUCAUUACCAAAGAUUUAGUGCGAGAAAGGUACCUGGAUUACCAGCGGGUGCCCAACAGUGAUCCUCCAUGCUAUGAAUUCCUGUGGGGUCCAAGAGCUCAUGCUGAAGUCAGCAAGAUGAAAUUGCUGGAGUUCUUGACCAAGAUUCAUGAGUCUGACCCUACUUGCUUCCCAUCCCAUUAUGAGGAGGCUUUGAGAAAUGAAGCAGAAAGAGCCCGAGCUAGAGUUACAACCAGGGCUGGCACAGCUGCCGAGGCCAGGGCGCACUCCAGUGCCAGACCCAGCAGCUCUUCCCACCCCUAG